AUGGGCGUGCCGCUGCUCUACCGCUGGCUCAGCGAGCGCUACCCGCUCAUCAACCGGCCGGCCUCGUCGCCGCCCUUUGCCGAGGUGGACAACCUGUACAUCGACGCGAACGGCAUCCUCCACAACGCGACCCACGGGGCCAACAAGCCUCCGGCGCGCAACGGCGCUGCCGCGCCGACCGAGGCGGACAUGAUGCUCGCCAUCUGCUCGUACCUCGACACGCUCGUCCAGCUCGUGCGGCCGCAGCGGCUGCUGUACGUCGCCAUCGACGGCGUCGCGCCGCGCGCCAAGAUGAAUCAGCAGCGGCAGCGCCGCUUCCGCGUGCUGAGCUACUUCAUCCGGCACAAGCUUCAGACCGACGAGCUCUGGCGCCGGCUGCGCGUCGUCCUCUCCUCGGCCGAGGCGCCGGGCGAGGGCGAGCACAAGAUCGCAGAGCACAUCCGCUCGGCGCGCGAGCUGCCGCGCCGCCACUGCGUCUACGGCCUCGACGCCGACCUGAUCAUGCUCGGCCUGGCGACGCACGCGCCGGCGCUCUGCAUCCUGCGCGAGAAGGCGGAGAGACUGCUCGUGCGGCCUGAGCCGCCCGCCGCGCCGUGGGGGCUCCCCGGAGGCUUCUCCUUCGCUAAGGAGGAGGGCGUGCUGGGUGGCGCGAGCCGAGUGCUCAGGGGCAUGCUGGGGCUGGCGCCGGCGGUGGACGCGCCGGAAGCGGCCGCCGCGGCGCUCGAGCUGGCAGGCGCCCACCAGCUCGGCGCCGCGAUCGAGAGCGCCGCCAGCUCGGACGCGGCCUCGCUCGCCCGGCGGCUGCUGCUCGGCAGUGGCAGGGGGCGCGUGUACGUCGACUGGCCGUACGCCGACGUGGCGGUCGCAACCUCUCUCGCGACCGCGGCCGGGCGGUGGUGGGCGGACCGGCGCGGGCAGCUGCAGGAGUGCGACAUCCACCCGGGCGAGUGGCGGCAGCUGCAGGACGAGCUGCGCCUCAACACGCUCCACCACCGCGCGCUCGACACGGGGCGCGUGGCGCUCGUGCGCCCGCUCGCCGGCUACUCGAUCGGCCGCGACGGCAGCCUGCAGCAGCGGUGGGCGGACACGCCGCUGCCCGUGCCGGCGCAGCUCGUGCUCCCGGAGUGGCACCUCGAGGCGCUGCCCCCGCGCUCGGGCGGCCUUAGCGGGCUGGCCCGGCUCCAGCCCUCGCGCCGCGUCGCCGUCACCGGCGGCCCCCACUUUGGCGCCGUCGGCACGGGUGGCACCCCGUUCCCCCCGGACGGGUCCGGAACGAAGCUGCUCUGCCCGACCGAGCCGCGCGUCUCCGUCGCCGGCGUGACCGCGGCCCACGCACCGGGCGAGGCGGUCCUGUACGUGCGCGGCUCCGGGCCGGUGCCGUUUGGGGAGCGAGGCAUCGUGCUGGCGACGCAGGGCGCGCGCUGCGAGGUCAUCUUCGAGCACGAGGGCUUCUGCUCGUUUGGCCACUUCUCGCGCCUCGAGACGUCGCGCGCCGCUGUCGUCCCCGCGGCCGCGCUGCUAAACCUCUCGCGCCCCCCUCGGUCCAAGGCGGCCGACGCGCCGCCCGACGCGGCGGCAGCCCUCUUCGGAGGCGGCAGCGACUCCUUCGCCGCCUUCGCAAAGGGCACGAACCCGUAUGCCGUGCUCAGCCAGGCGCCGGCGGAGUGAGCCGCGCGCGGAGCCCCCUCAAUGAACUCGAGAGUCGCGGUGGCGCUCGUGCGCGGCGGCUCACAGACGAAGGGGACUGUGAACAAGGCAGUAGCUAGAGGGAGAGCGCGCAGCGGGCGCUGCUGCUGAAGGGGCGCUCUCUGCUCUCUCUCGAGAGUGUAACACGUUUGUGAAUCACAAACGUGAAGUCGCAUGGAUUUGCCGCUUCAAUCAACGAAGUCGGUGGUCAGGGAGCCAUCUCAUACAUUUCAGGUCUCAGUAAGCCGUAUACUC